AUAAAUAAAGAGUUUAAGCCAAAGAAGCUAUUUUACCAGAAGUGUAGGACAAUCAAUCAAUGGCAAAGCAAGACUCUCUCUCUCUCUCUCCCCCUCUCUCUAGUCUCUACCCACUAGCAUGUACAAGUACAAUAUUUGAACAAUUAAUAACAAUCGGAAGACCAAGUUAAACGUAUUUAUAAAGAACCCCAGUUGGGUAUUGGGAUCUAUACAUAUAUAUAUAUAUAUAUAUAUAUAUAUAUCAGACUAUCAGAGAAGUGGAAGAGGGAGGAGGAGGUAAGAUAAGGAAUAUGAAAAGGAGCAGAGAUAUGGAGAAGAGAUCAGAGGUAAACUCUGUCAUUGAUGAACUAUCCAUGCUUGUUAUAGUUAAACCUGGAGGAAAUCAUGAGGCUGCACACAUCCCCACCAAGCCUUUCCUAUCUCUAUGUUACUUGGUUCUACAAGUUCUUGAUAAGAUAGGGCCAACAAUGGUUGUUUUGAGACAAGACGUUCAACAGAAUAUUAAGAGAUUGGAAGUGAUGUAUGAAUCAAAUACCUCACUGAAUUCAAAUCUGGUUGAGAUAUUGAAAUCAGAAGCUAGCAAAGGCAACGCAAGGAAGAGGUGUAGUUGCAGUAAAGCCUUUGUUUGGCUCACUAGAUCCCUGGAUUUCUCCUCAGCAUUGUUACAAACACUAGCAAAAGAUCCUCAAAAGAAUAUGGAGCAAGUAGUUCAAGAGUCUUAUGCUGCAACUUUGGCACCUUGGCAUGGAUGGAUUUCAUCAGCUGCUUUCAGAGUGGCUUUAAAACUAGUGCCAGAUAGUAAAACUUUCGUGGAUCUCCUCAGGGAAAAAGAUGAAAACUGUGAUACCCUAAAUGAGAAAAUGCAGAUCUUGGUGUCUUUGCUUGUGCCUUUUCUUGAGGAUAUCCAUUGUAUUCUAGUAAUAUAUAACUUGGACAGGCUUAAGUCAACUUGAAGUCAAGAUAGAAGAACAGAUGUACAGGUUUGUGUAUUAUACAUUUUGGUUUCCGUCUCCACUCUUCUCAUGUAAAUGGCUUGUACAGUGAAAUUUGUAUCAAUACAACUCUUUAGUUACAAGUUUGCAUCCGGCUGGUCAACAUGGGUAUAUUUAUACAUCAACUUUUUGUUAGUUGAAUUUCAGUUUGAUUUUAUCUACACG